GGAAAAUCGUCACGGUGCGCGCAUCAACGAAAAUUCGUUGCGGAAAAAUCCAAACAAAAAGCCCAACGGGAAAAAUUUGUCUUGGUGCUGGGUGCUCGGUGCUUGAUGCUUGGGCUCUUUAGACUGAGCUAUAGAUUUAUACGAAGUGCAGCGUAACGAAAUAAGUCCAAUUGGAAUAUGCGCGUCUGAGUCUUCCGAGGCAAAGUGCCAAAUGCACUGUGAAAUAAUUGCACGCAAAAUGCGCGCCAUUUGAUUAAAUUUUCAAAUUGCAAUCUACUCUUUCAAGUGAAUAAGUUUCGAGUGCCAAACAAAAAAUAGAGAGAGAAAAAAGUAUUUAAGUUAAACAAAUAGAAGAACAAUUAACACAGCAAAUAUUAAUUAUUUAAACAGUAAAUAAAACCAGUGAUACAUACCGAGUUGUGACAAUGGAGAAAAACUUUAGAGGCAUCUUUACAAUCGGAUUAUUUCUGGCGCUCCUCAGCAGCGGACAGACACAUUUGAAUAUAUUUCUGAAUUUGCACGAGGUGCUGAGGCUAAUCGGCGUCUCCGCGGAGCUUUACUAUGUGCGAGAGGGAGCCAUCAAUGAUUACGCCCUGAAUUUUGCGGUCCCGGUGCCGGCGAACAUCAGCGAUGUAACAUUUACCUGGCAGUCGCUGGUGGACCAUCCUCUGCCCUACAGCAUCAAUGUGGCAACCUCGGAUGUGGGCGUACUGCCACGCCCCAUGCUAAAUAUCUCGCGCAUCGGUGAUGUGCCCAUGGAACCGCAGACGUGGGGCAUCAGCCUGAAGUGCUCGGGCACCCGGGCCGCCGAAGUGACAGUGACCAUUAGCGUGGAAGUUAUCCUGGAUAGGGCGACACACAACAACACCAAUCUCAUCUUUAAGCGCAAAAAAAUCUGCCUGAAGGACGAGCCAAAUGAUGCACGCGAGGAGUACGACGAUGAGGAGCCACUGCACACAGAUCUGGGCGGGCACGAGGACAUUCACUACACGGAACACAACGAGGAUACGGCGGAGCAUGUCAUUUCCGACGGACGUCUGCCGUCGAAUACGAAAGCGGAGCAUGGCAAGGCCACCGAGAGACAUCGCGUUGUGGUCACGGAAUCGACGGCUACAGUGGGUCGAGGCGGCGCUGCUGGCGGAUCGAACAAUGAAUACGAUCCCCUGCUGCGAGAAACUCUUGUGCCACCCACAAGUGGACUGAUUACCCUGAUUGUUGGCGGUAUUCUGGCUUUGGUGUUGGUCUCUACGCUCAUUCUGAUUGCCUACUGUGCCAAGGGUCCCUCAAAGCGUCAUCCCUCGAACGGUGUCCACCUGAUAAAGACCUCCAGCUUCCAGCGUCUGCCAACGAUUUCGUCUACCGCACACAAUUCGAUCUAUGUCUGCCCCUCGACCAUCACACCCACAUAUGCGACACUGACGCGGCCCUUUCGCGAAUAUGAGCAUGAGCCUGAGGAGUUCAACCGCCGUCUCCAGGAGCUGACAGUCCAAAAGUGCCGUGUGCGCCUCUCCUGUCUCGUGCAGGAGGGCAACUUUGGGCGCAUCUAUCGCGGCACAUAUAACGACUGUCAGGAGGUACUGGUCAAGACUGUGGCACAGCAUGCAAGCCAGCUUCAAGUAAAUCUCCUGCUCCAAGAAUCGAUGAUGCUCUACGAGGCUACUCAUCCCAAUGUCAUGGCUGUGCUGGGCAUCUCCAUUGAAGACUUUGCCACUCCAUUUGUUUUAUAUGCCGCCACAGGAAGUGUGCGCAAUCUGAAGACCUUUCUGCAGGAUCCCUCAUAUGCUAGAAGUGUGACUACUAUUCAGACCGUUCUCAUGGCUUCCCAGCUGGCCAUGGCCAUGGAGCAUUUGCACAAUCAUGGCGUAAUUCACAAGGACAUUGCGGCCAGGAACUGUGUUAUUGAUGAUCAACUGCGCGUGAAACUGACGGACAGCGCCCUCAGUCGCGAUCUCUUCUCUGGUGACUACAAUUGCCUAGGCGAUGGCGAGUACCGCCCCAUCAAGUGGUUGUCCCUCGAGGCCUUGCAAAAGUCCCACUACAACGAGGGUAGCGAUGUUUGGUCUUUUGGUGUGCUCAUGUGGGAGAUGUGCACGUUGGGCAAGCUGCCUUAUGCCGAGAUCGAUCCCUAUGAAAUGGAGCACUAUCUGAAGGAUGGCUACAGACUGGCUCAGCCCUUCAACUGUCCCGAUGAACUAUUCACAAUUAUGGCCUAUUGCUGGGCUUCUAUGCCAGCUGAGCGACCCUCGUUUAGUCAGCUGCAGAUUUGCCUAUCGGAGUUCCACACACAGAUCACCAGAUAUGUUUAACCUGCGGUAAUGAAACACACCAAGACCUGUAAAUACAACAAGAGACGACGUCGCAAGAUUUCCCAGCAAAUGAUUACGCCGAUGUCGAUGUCGAUGUCAAUGUCGGCAACUCUGUUUCCAAAGACAUAUUUAAAUUAUACCGCCUAGUCGGGCGAUUAUGUGGGUCGUCAUGGUUCGAAUGCAUUCGACGCAGCCCACAAUAAAUAGUUACUUACUUCUGUAUUUAUAAUGUGGCUACUCGAUAGGAGACUACUUUUAAUAUACUCGUAUGUAAAAGUCAGUCGAUCUCGAUUGCCGCCCUCUAUAUAAUUAGCAAUUAGGUAUACAUAGGAUAGUGCGUUCGUUCAAAGCAACAUAAGGACGAGAGACGAUGAAAUAAAUAAAUGUGACAUUUCAAUGCAAGCAAAUUAGUAGUUAAACUUAAAAGAACCCACACUUAAAUGUUAAAAGACACACGAGCAAAGGCGAAUCCAGUUAAGCAAAGAUACAGAUAUAUAAAUACAGAUAAAGAUACAGACAGAUAUAGAUACGAAUACAGCUACAGAUACGGAUACGAAUACGAAUACGAAUACGGAUUGAGAUACAGUUAGACAACACCUUAGGCUAGGCAUUUGUCGUAGUUUGAAAACAUCGGUUACACAUUCGUCAUAGUCUAUGGAACUGCAUAUUAUAAUAUCGAAUAUAUCGAAUAUAUAUAGUAUUUAUCUAUGUAAAUGUAUUUAUAUGUGUAUGUAUUUGUCUAAGAGAGCGUAGAGCUAGCAAACUCGAAUCUAUUUAAUUAAUGUUUAGUGACUUUGUGUCGAAAUCCAAACGGUGCACUCCCAAACUUUAUCACCCACCCAACCAAAGGAUAAGGAGAAUGGAGAAGAAGGAGGAAGAAAUGGGUGCUGAAAUCGUAUUCGCAGUAUUUUGUGUUAUUCGGAUUCAACCGACUCGAAAAAGUUUUUGUAAUAUACUUAAGCAUUUCGUAUUAGUUCUAAGUUUCUUUUAUGAUUUUCACAAUGAUUUUAAGUUUGAAGCGAAAAAAACAACAACCACACAACAAAAAUGCAAAACAAACAAAAAAGAAUAAAAUAUAAAGAGAAAACGAUUUCAAUAAACGUCCGUGCAUAACAUUCAAAAACCAAACAAAUGCAUUUCU